AACAACAGCAGCCAUCUGGCCGUCGGCAGCUACGACGACGGCGUUCGCGGGACCUGUCACCGGAUGAAGCGACUGCAGCUGCCGUGGCCGUCAGUGAGCCCGGCGGCAAGCCCGACUUGGUGGGGGAAGAGGCGGCUCCACCCUCUUCUGGUGGUACGACCACGGGCUCCUCAGAACCGCGUAACUCUUUCUCACCCGCCAGUUCCUGUCACUUCAGUCCCUUAAACAUAAUGCUUGAGACGAACGGUGCCGAGCUCGGCAAAUUUCCUGAUGCCAGCAAUCCUCUCGACGACUAUGUACCUUCAGAUGACCAUCAGCCUGUGACUGGUUUCAGUGCGUCGUCCUGCCCUUCAUACGAACCGAAGGACGAAAUAACGGCAACAACGGCGGUGGAUGUCCUGGCUGCUGAUGCAACAAUGGAGGAGGAGGAGGCGGUGGUGACCGUAGAAGGGGACGUGAAGCCCGUCGCUGCUGGCCCUACUGCCUCCAUCCUCGAAACGCAGGAGGAGCAGGACGUUCUC